AUGUUUCUUACGAUUCUGGCCGAAAUUUCAGCAUUUCAUUUCGCUUCUGUGAAUGCAAUCGCAACAUGCGUCAUCGUAAAUGUCAAAGGAUUCCCAAACCUCGGGCAAAGUAAUACGAUAUUCCAGUUUAUUAACCGAUGUGUGAUUGCUUUAGAAGCGCUGAUUUUGAUUUUCGCGGAAUUGGGUUGGCCUGCACGCAUAUUUACGUGGUUCCCAAUGUUGGAUGACCAACAUAGUUGGUCGUUUUUUGGAUUUUUGCAGAUUGUUAUGGGGUCACUUAUUCUUGGAUAUGAUAGCGGCAUUAGCAGCAUUCAUUUCUUGGGCCAUAGUCUCUACAUAUUUAUUGUGGUCCCUGGCUGGUUCAUCUUUAUCAUCGGUAUUAUAUAUAUGAUUAUUGGUGCAUUCGGUGGUCCAGAAAUCAAAGCUACACGUCGACUCGAUAGUCCUCCUGACUAUAAAUUAAAUGCAUUUGUUACAUUUAACUACAACGAACAUUUCUCGUACAGUCAAAUCUCGUGA